AUGAAACAGGACGAAGAAAACGAUUCUGUUGAGCAAUUGCGUUUUAUAAAUAAAAUUAAAUUUUCAAAACCGUAUGAAAAGAAAAUGAUAUUUGUGAGUAUCGAUGGUAGGAAAUUGGAAAUGGAGCUUGAUACUGGUGCUCCUUGUAGUAUAAUUAGCAAGAAACGCUUACGUGCUAUCAAACCCUAUUACACUUUACAUAAAUCUGACAGAAAAUUUGCUAGCUAUACAGGUCACUCAAUAAAUUGUAUUGGCAGAGUUGUAGUAAAUGUGACUUUGGGAAAAACUUCUCGUGUCUUAAAUUUAUAUGUUGUAGAAGAUGAUUUAGACACUUUGUGCGGCCGUGAAUGGAUAAGUCAUUUUGCACAUGAUAUUAAUUUUUCAGAUCUAUUCGCAUCUACACCGCCAAAUAAUAACUCUCCAAACGAUAGCUUUAGUUUAAAUACUAUUACUUCCGAUGUAUCGAUAUUAAAUUCUAUUGAAAAAAAUCAACUACAACAAAUUGUAGAUAAAUUUGAUGAUGUAUUUGGAAGUUCAGCUGGAAAGCUUAAAUGUCCUCCUAUAAAGAUUCAUAUGAAGCCGAAUGCUAAACCCAUAUUCGCUAGACCAAGAGAAGUUCCUUUAGCUUUAAGAGAAGCAUAUGCCAAGGAAAUUGAUGCUAAAAUUGCUGCCGGUUAUUAUAAAAAAGUCGAAUUCUCAGAAUGGGCUUCCACGACCCAUGUAGUAACUAAAAAAAAUGGAGCUAUACGUAUUACUGGAAACUAUAAACCUACGGUCAACCCUCAAAUGAUUAUCGAUGAGCAUCCUAUUCCAAAACCAGAAGAUUUAUUCAACAGAAUUAAGGGUGCUACAAUGUUUGCUCAUCUAGAUGUUACCGACGCAUAUACGCAUUUGCCAAUAGAUGAAGAGUUUGGACAUGUUCUUACCUUAAAUACUAUUACUCAUGGCCUUAUACAACCCACUCGUGCAGUCUAUGGGGCUGCAAAUAUUCCAGCAAUAUGGCAGCGAAAAAUGGAAGAAGUUUUAAAAGGAUUACCUAAUUGUCUUAAUUUCUUCGAUGAUAUACUAUUAUUUGCAAAAGAUUUUAAUGAAUUACAACAAAUUUUAGAUUUGACUUUGGCCCGAAUUAGACAGUGUGGUCUUAAAUUAAACAAAUCGAAGUGUGUUUUUGCAGCAACGUCAGUGGAAUUUUUAUGGCAUUUAAUUGAUGCCAAUGGUAUACAUAAGUCAAAUAAGCAUAUUGAAUCUGUAUUGAACGCACCGAAACCAAACUCAUUAGAAGACUUGCAGCUAUUUCUAGGUAAAGCCUCAUACUAUAGUGCCUUUAUUCCGGAUUUAGCAACCCGUGAGAGGCCAUUACGAGAUAUUCUAAAAUCAAAGGUAUUUUCAUGGAAUUUAAUCGCGGAUGCUGCUUACAACGAUAUUAAGAAAAUUUUAGUAUCUCCACAAGUUUUAAUAUCAUAUGAUCCAAAACUACCAUUAUUGUUGGCAACGGAUGCUAGUAUUGUCUCACCGUUUACCUAA